CUUUGUAUCCCAAUAGAAACCACAAAACUGCUUCCAGUUAUGAACUUCACAAUGACUGGUACAUCUUCAGGCAAAAAGCUGGACCUUUCCAGACUUACAGAUGAUGAAGCCAAACAUGUGUGGGAGGUUGUCCAGAGAGACUUUGACCUGAGGAAGAAGGAGGAGGAAAGACUUGGGGAACUAAAAACCAAGAUUGCGAAGGAGGACAUCAAGAGAGAGUUGUUGGGGAAUCAAAGCAGUCUUGCGGAGUCUCAUUGCAUUCGUUGUCUUCAGGCAUUUGUGUUCCUGGUGAACAUCAAGCGACAGUGUUUGGACUGCAGUUUAUAUAUCUGCAAGUCCUGCAGUCGCUAUAACAAGAAAGAACAAGGUUGGGUGUGUGAUCCCUGCCAUAUGGCAAGGGUUCUCAAAAUUGGUACUUUGGAGUGGUACCAUGAGAAUGUACGUGCACGUUUCAAGCGCUUCGGAAGUGCCAAGGUGAUGCGGUCGCUUUUCAAGAGGUUGAGUGGAGAUCACAAUUUGUCUCACAGUGACCUUGGAGACACACGAGAAUAUGACACACAGAGCAUGCCCGAUGUGCACAUCGAUGGAUAUGAGCACAGCAUGGAUGCUGCAGACUCACAAUACAAAGGGAUGAAAAAGACCAAAAGACGUUUAAUUGUUGAUCCCUGUGAUUUUAUACCCGGCUGUGACUACUCACAAUUCCACAAGAAUCAGGCAACAAACAUCUAUGGACUAGAUGUUGACAUGGGCGUAAGGGAUUCUUUACUUGCUGAAGGUGAUAUGGAUCAUGGUUUUCACAUUACUGACCAAGAGCAGCCCAAAUGUCUGGAUCUUGAAAUGGCUCCACUGCACGAUGACCUUGCAUAUGUAGAGAACCGGACAGUCUCAUCUCGGUCCAUCUCACGGCUCAGUUACUCCUCAUGUGGCAGCGGGAGUGCUGGAGGUGCUCGAAUAUGCAGCAGCUACCUACCCAGUCAUGAUCACUCAGAAGCAGAAGAUGAUCACUACCAGUCUCAUCCAGGCCCCUGCAUCAUAUCAUCUCUUGAGAACCUGAAUUUAUUGACUACUCCAUCACAGAUUAUGGACUUGAACAUGAGAAUGUCGGUCAUUGAGACCCUUCUUAACCGCUUAGAGCAGAAGGUCACCCCAACAAAUGAUGAGAUUCCAACUGCCUCCAGUGCAUCUCCUUCUCAGUGGGAGGAAGUCGAUUUAGAAGAACAGCAGCUCAGACAGAAGCUGCACAAGAUGACAGAUAACAUCAGUGAUCAUAGUUUAACAUCUGAUGAGGAUGAACCAAAUGGGGCAUAUCCUUCCGAAGAGGUCAGUGGAUGGAGAAGCAGCUCACAAGGGGAUUCCAAACCCUCUAGAAUACCUACCAGAGCCAGCACUUUCAACUCCAGAAUUGAGGGUGAGAUGCUUCUCCAGAUAUAUCCUCAAAAGUUCGACAGUCCAUUAGAACUUCUGGGGAGCAAGGAACACCUAAAACAGGAGCCAUCGAUUUCAAGCUUUACAGGCUCGACGGCCUUACUUGUUGAACUGGAAGACAAGGUAGCUGAAGCAGCUGCUAAUGUCCAAAAUGCUCAGAGUGAGGUGUUUUACAUAGAAAACAGGAUUGCUGCCUUGAAUGCAGCAGGAACACCCAUGGAGAAAAGAAGAAGGUCAGCUGUUCCAAGCCAAGCAAGAAGACUCUCCCACAACUUUCCCACCAAAACCAAUAAUGAUGCAGGGCUCAUGAGGAGGAGGUUAAGUGUUAUGUGAUAAGGACAUUUUUCUCUUCAACGAUUAUAUUCGCUUUAUGAUUUGGAAUACACCAGAGUCUCAGGUCUACUCACAGAAGAGUCAAUGAGACUGGGAUUGCUUAAGUUAAAAUGUGUGGAUUUAAUAAACUGUUACUCUAAUCCAAACUAUAUUCAUACUAUAUGUGAUUUACACUAAUUCUACUACAUAUGAUGGUAAAUCUAUGAUUUGCAGACAUAAACAUGCAAUAAAAUGGAUCAAUCCAACAUUUUCAAACAUGAAUGCAAAAUGGUUGAAAACAUUUAUUGCAACAAUUUGUACAUAUUGUGUCCCCAAUUUUUUUUUUGUUUUUUGUUUUUUUUACAAUUUGUAAUCUUUUAAUAUGUUACUAGUUUCACAAUAUGGAUUCUCUAAAAUGGCCUAAGAAAAACAGUUUCUGAAUGAGAAAAAAGCAGGUCUAAAAUUUUAUUGAAAUUCUUGUGAGCAUAUGUAUUUAUUUAGAUGACUGAACAUAUCGUAUUUUAGUUCAAGAUCAAAAGAUAUAUGUGAUAAGUUUGUUAAUCAUGUCAUAUUAUUGACUAUUGGCUUGAAUAUCUGAAAGUACAAAUGAAUCUUCAACAAGCGGCUAUUUGAACACGUGUCAUUUUUCAAGUUCAAGUGCUGUGGUGACAUCUGUGCUAGUUAUUGAACUUUCCCGGUGCUGGGCCACCUAUAGGCCGAAGGUCAUGAUGACUAAUUUUGCAGCCCUGUCACUGGACCUGCAGCUCUCUGUUUUUAACACAUGGGUCAAGACAGGUAAAACUGUCUGAUGAUCACCACCUAGUGGUGAGUUUAAUCCAUUUUAAGGGCGACUGCAGAUCAAGCACAAACAUCUCUUCUUCAUUUGUGGAUUUAUGCCUGUCUUUAAUAUGAAGAGUUUUACUGUCUUUGUUUCUGGAAGCUUUUGCUUUAUGCACAAUUUUCUCACAAAUAAAGAAUCCCUCAUUGAAAUAUUUCUUUAAACUUAUGCUUGGAUGC